AUGAACGUCAACUCUUCUCCACCCGCAGCCCUGCAGCUCUGCUAUGAGAAUGUGAACGGGUCCUGUGUGAAAACUCCCUACUCACCUGGGUCUCGAGUCAUCCUCUAUGCAGUCUUUGGUUUAGGGGCUGUGCUGGCAGUGUUUGGAAAUCUCCUAGUGGUGACGUCCAUCCUCCAUUUCAAGCAGCUACACUCGCCCACCAAUUUCCUCAUAGCAUCCCUGGCCUGUGCGGACUUCUGUGUGGGGGUCUCUGUGAUGCCCUUCAGCAUGGUCAGGUCCAUCGAGAGCUGCUGGUACUUUGGGAGAAGUUUCUGCACUCUCCACACAUGCUGUGACGUGGCAUUUUGUUACUCUUCUCUCUUCCACCUGUGCUUCAUCUCCAUCGACAGGUACAUCGCUGUCACUGACCCUCUGGUCUAUCCCACCAAGUUCACAGUGUCUGUGUCAGGAAUUUGCAUCACUAUCUCCUGGAUCCUACCCCUGGUGUACAGUGGUGCCGUGUUCUACACAGGGGUUUAUGAAGAUGGGCUAGAGGAAUUAUCCAGUGCCCUCAACUGUGUAGGAGGGUGUCAGGUAGUUGUAAAUCAGAACUGGGUGUUGAUAGAUUUUCUAUCCUUCUUUAUACCUACCUUUAUUAUGAUAAUCCUGUACAGUAAUAUUUUUAUGGUAGCUAGGCAACAGGCUAAAAAGAUUGAAAAUACUGGUAGCAAAACUGAUUCAUCCGCAGAAAGUUACAAAGCCAGAGUGGCCAGGAGAGAGAGAAAAGCAGCCAAAAUUCUGGGAAUCACAGUCGUGGCCUUUAUGAUCUCUUGGUUACCGUACAGCAUUGACUCAUUAAUUGAUGCUUUUAUGGGGUUCAUCACGCCUGCCUACAUUUAUGAGAUUUGUGUUUGGUGUGCUUAUUAUAACUCAGCCAUGAACCCUUUGAUUUAUGCUUUAUUUUACCCAUGGUUUAAGAAAGCUAUGAAAAUUAUUAUAAGUGGACAGAUUUUCAAGAACAGUUCUGACACUUUGAAUUUGUUCUCUGAACAAAUAUAA